AAACCACAUUGUAAAGCUUUUCGAGUUGCUCUGGUCCCUUACACAGAGGAAGAACCGAGCAAAGGGAUUGGGCAGCGAGCAAACAGCGUAACACCCCCUCCUCCUCUCUGUAGAGAAUUGCGUUAAAACCAAAACGAAAAGGAAGGCCCGCGGUUUAACUACAUAAAAGGAGUAUCUUCUUUUUUGUUUUCCCCUCUACAAUAAGCGAGGAAAGCGUGCUGGCUGGUGUAUGUGUUUAGAAUGGGACACGCUGAAGGUCCAGUCAAAGAAAAAGACAGUUAAGGAUGCAGGAGCUCAACAAUGGAUUUCUCCUUCUCUUUCAUGCAAGGGAUCAUGGGAAAUACAAUUCAGCAACCCCCUCAGCUUAUUGACUCGGCAAACAUCAGACAGGAAGGCACCUGUGACACUGGUAGUGACCCUGGCGAGGAUGGGCCCUCAUAUAACACUGCCCUGGAUGCUGAGUUUUCCUACCCAUCGUCUGCCUCAGAGGACAUGCCUCAGGUUCCCAACGGCUAUCCGUCUAGUUUGGGCCUUUACGAGCCACAGACCAAGUUUUCCUUGUACUCACAGUUUCCAAAUGGGUCCGCGAAUGGCUAUGGCGCGAUCCGGGGCUAUGGAGAGCAUGGCCUCUUACCCGGGGAGGGGACUGUCUUGAGGGGUCCUGGUCUUCAAGAUAGACCCUUGUCCCCGAUAUCCCCUCCUCUUCCCACUCAUCACUCCCAUAUCCACCACCAACAUCAGUCUCACCAUCAUCACCUCCACACGCACCAUGCUCCGCACUACCACACAAACCAGCCUCACAUCCAUCAGCACAGCUCCCCUCCACCACUGCCCUCUCAGCAUCACUUGUCCCACACACCCCACAUCAUGAGCCAUACUCUGCCCCCACCACCGCCCCUGCACCUGCCCUCAUCCAGCCCACCUCCUUCCCUAGUGGACAGUACCCCCUCAUCUCAACCAUCCCAUACACUGUCCAAUGCUCCCAGUGGGGUACUAAAGAAAACCAGCUCCCCAGAGAUCAAGCUGAAAAUAAUUAAAACUUAUCAGAAUGGCAAAGAGCUCUUUGAGUCAGCGUUGUGUGGAGAUCUGCUCCAAGAACUACAGAAGGAGUCGCAGAAAAAGACAGCUGGUCAGAUGCAGCGCAGACAUGAAAGGAAAAAGGAAAAGAGGAAAAAGACUGCCAAGCUGCAGCAGCACGUUCAGCAAAAUAGCUUGGACCAGUGUACAAAACAGAGCGGUACAACCAGCCAGACAGAGGACACACAACUCCUGCUCCCACAAAGAGAAGGACCCACAGCACAGUCGGGGAAGCCCCAAAAGACAGUUAUCAAAGCUGAACCAAAGAUGCCUAAAGCAAAGUCACAACAGGUUGUUAAAGUUCACCAUCCUUCGGUGAUCCAGGAAACGGGCUUCUGCAAGGAGUUUGUAAUUGGAGACCUGGUGUGGUCCAAGGUGGGGACCUACCCCUGGUGGCCUUGUAUGGUCUCAUCAGAUCCACAGAUGAAGGUUCACACCCGCAUCAACACAAGAGGUCACAGGGAAUACCAUGUCCAGUUUUUUGGGAGUGUAGCUGAACGUGCAUGGAUCCACGAGAAAAGGAUUGUUACGUACCAGGGAAAGCAGCAAUUUGAUGAACUUCAAGCUGAAACGUUGCGCAAAACCACAAACCAAGUGGAGAAACAAAAGCUCCUGAAGCCUAUCCCUCAACGUGAGCGUGCACAGUGGGAGGUUGGUGUAGGCCAUGCUGAAGAUGCCUUUAAAAUGACGCGACAAGAGAGAAUUGACAACUACACUUUCAUCUACGUGGACCCUGAUCCUAAUGAAGCACCACCCCCCAAAAAACCUAACAUCAAGCCAGAAAAACGCACCAGACGCUCCAGUGGGUCAAUGAAUAAAAGGGAGGAUGGAGGAGUCAAGUCACCGGACCGAGAGGCAGUUCCUCGCAGACUGCAGCCUCGUAGACAGUGCAGCAUUUCAAAUACAGACAAUAACCAGUCAUCAAAUGAUGAGAGCAGUCAAAAGGAAGAGCCAGCAUCACCGAACCACAAAACCAAUUCAGAUGGACAAACUCAAGAAGAAUCACCUCCACCUGUCAGAGCCUGGAAAACUGCAGCGGCGAGAAAAUUGUUACCCCUUUCCAUAACAAUGAAAAGGUUAAAUGUGGAAAUUACAAAAUGUGAUUGGCCUCUUCUGCAGAAGAAAACUGUAUCUUCCCCAAAAAAGGAAACUGAAAAAGAGGAGCCAGUAGAAAAAGAAUUGCGACAGCCGGAUCUGGGUUACUGUUCUCCAGAGCAGGACAGUCAGGCUAAACCAGAGCCUAGUCCCGAGGACGAGGAGGAUGAAGAGGACGGAGAAGAUGCAGAGGAGGAGACUGAGGCUGAUGAGAGGAGAGACUCUCCUGUCAGUCAAAGUGAGGAAGGAGGUGCCCAACCAAGCUCCUCCCCUGGAUCUCCCCCCAGCAGUCCACAUGGUUCUCAGGAGAGAAAGCUACAGAGACGGUCAGUAAGAAGCAGAUCUGAGUCAGAGAGAGGCAGUGAUGUUGUCCCUAAGAAGAAAACAAAAAAGGAACAGGCUGAGAUGGCUCCAGAGACAACUCAGAAAACUGGUUCACAAAAAGGAGCGAGUGAGAUCUCUGAUGCUUGUAAGCCCCUGAAGAAACGAAGUCGAGCGUCUACAGAUGUGGAAAUCACUUCUUCUCAGUACAGAGACACUUCAGAUUCAGAUUCUAGAGGCCUCAGUGAUCCACAGGGAUUGUUUGGUAAGAGUCUUGAUAGUCCAGCUGCAGCAGAUGCUGAUGCCUCAGAUACUCAGUCAGUGGACUCUGGAUUAUCGCGUCAGGACAGCAGCACAGGAAAAAGUGACACAGUCUGCCAGAUCUGUGAAGUCUAUGGAGAGGGUCUUGUUGUCUGUGAAGGUGACUGCAACAAACACUUUCACUUAGAGUGCCUCGGUUUGACAUCUUUACCUGAAGGCAGGUUUACCUGCUCGGAAUGCAAAAGUGGCAAUCAUCCUUGUUUCAGUUGUAAAACGACAGGGUCAGAGGUCACUCGUUGCUCAGUGUCUGGAUGUGGCUGUUACUAUCACAUGGACUGUGUUCGGAAGCUGCCUGGGACCACCAACAGUCAAGAGGGAGGCUUCUGCUGCCCUCAGCACUGCUGUUCAACCUGCUGCCUGGAGAGAGACAUGCAGCGAGCCACCAAAGGUCGUCUGAUGCGCUGUAUCCGAUGUCCUAUCGCCUACCACACUGGAGAUAGCUGUGUGGCUGCAGGGAGUGUGGUCCUCACCCAUCACAUGAUGAUCUGCAGCAGCCACAGCAGCACCAAGAAGAACGGCCUCCUCACUUCACCUGUGAAUGUGGGCUGGUGCUUUUUGUGUGACAGAGGGCUGUUAGUGCAAGACCUUACUGACACCAUAUUAAGUUCAUAUGCCUAUAAGUCCCACUACCUUCUGACUGAGUCAAAUCGUGCUGAGUUGAAAUUACCUAUGAUUCCCUCUCCUUCGUCAGCUACCAAAAAGAAUAUUGGGAAAGGGGGCAAGUUGCUGUGCUGUGACUCUUGCCCGGCCUCCUUCCACCCGGAGUGUUUGGAGAUGGAGCUACCAGACGGGCCGUGGUCUUGCAGUGACUGCAAAGCCGGGAGGAAACCUCAUUACAAACAAAUUGUGUGGGUCAAACUGGGUAAUUACAGGUGGUGGCCAGCUGAGAUUUGCAAUCCUCGCUUGGUGCCAUCAAACAUUCAGAGCCUUCGACAUGACAUUGGUGACUUUCCAGUCUUCUUCUUUGGCUCUCACGACUACUACUGGAUCAAUCAGGGACGUGUGUUUCCUUAUGUAGAUAAUGAUAAGAACUUUGUCACUGGUCAAAUUAAUGUCAACAAAACAUUUAAAAAAGCUCUUGAAGAAGCAGCACGGAGGUUUCAAGAACUUAAGGCUCAAAGAGAGAGUAGAGAGGCCUUAGAACAGGAACGCCACUCUCGCAAACCCCCACCAUACAAGUUUAUUAAGUCCAACAAACCAGUGGGCAAAGUCCAGAUGCACGUAGCAGAUUUAUCGGAAGUCCCCCGGUGUAACUGCAGGCCCACAGAUGAGCACCCAUGUGGCCUGGACUCUCAGUGUCUGAACCGUAUGCUGCAGUACGAGUGCCACCCACAGGUUUGCCCUGCAGGUGAGAGCUGUGAGAAUCAGUGCUUCUCUAAGCGUCUGUACGCAGAGACAGAAGUGUUUAAGACCGAGGUCUGCGGCUGGGGCCUACGAACCAAUCAGAUGCUGAGAAAGGGUGACUUUGUGACUGAAUAUGUCGGCGAAGUAAUUGACUCUGAGGAAUGCCAACAGCGAAUCAAACAGGCUCAUGAAAAUCAUGUGACCAACUUCUACAUGCUCACUCUUACAAAGGAUCGUGUUAUCGAUGCUGGCCCAAAAGGAAAUUCGUCUCGCUUUAUGAACCACAGCUGCAGCCCGAACUGUGAAACUCAGAAAUGGACAGUAAACGGAGAUGUGCACAUUGGGCUCUUUGCUCUUUGUGAUAUUGAAGCUGGAACAGAGCUGACAUUCAACUACAACUUGCACUGUGUCGGGAACAGGAGGACAUCAUGUAACUGUGGAUCAGACAACUGUUCUGGAUACCUCGGGGUUCAGCCAACAAGUGCUCUAGUUUUGGAAAAAGAGGAGAAGGCUAAAAAUUCCAAGUUAAAAUCCAAGAAGCGGAAGCUGAGACCUGAGGGAAAACAGUCCCACGAGUACUCGUGUUUCUGUUGUGGAGAAGCCGGGGAGCUCGUCAUGUGUGAUCGCAAAGACUGUCCCAAAGCUUACCAUCUCCUGUGUCUCAGCCUCACCAAGCCACCAUACGGGCGGUGGGAGUGUCCGUGGCAUGACUGCAACGUGUGUGGGUCUCCAGCCUCUUCUUUGUGUGAGUUUUGCCCUCGAUCUUUCUGCCCGGAGCAUGAAGCAGGGUCCCUCACAGUCUCCUCACUGGACGAGCGCCGUUGUUGCUCCAAUCACAACCCUUCUAACCCCCUGAGCAGCUCCCCUAGGUCCACCCAGCACCCCCCUCUGUCCCACAGCCACACCAGAGUUAAGGAGGAGCCCAACACGGAGCCUGGCCAACAUGACUCAAAGUGACUUUGAUUUUCCUUAUACCUCAUGUAAUAUGUGCUCCUGCUGGCUACAACCGUCCUAUCUUCCUUCCAAUCUGAAGAACAGAACAUCUUUUCAAACCUGUGGGCAUAGUCUGGAUCUGUAAACACCUUUUCGGCGCUGUGCAGAGGGCAGAGUGAUUGGAUUGGUGGCAUGGGACCACAGCAGGCAUCAUUGGCGCUGUAUACCUCCUCCUUUGCUAUGACGUUCUCUACAGCUCACCAGUGCCCUUUGAAGGGCCCAGAAUUCUACAUUACAUUUAUUUUAUAUUUUUACAGCGGUGGGACAUAACUUGUCAACAUACCUUUUAUCAACAUUGAGAAAAGGGAUUGGAUUUAAGAAAGUUUGUUAGUUUGAUCAGCUGAAAAGCCUGCCUUUCUCUGUUUCCAACAUGACCAAUGAUCACUCCUGACACCAUCUGUCUUCAUGUUGAGCUUUUCUCCAAAUGAAAAAAAAGUGAGGGGGAAAUGCUUCAGGACCACUCUACAUUCCAACUCCUGGUUUGAAUAUACUUAUGAGUAUAGAUGAAUAUAAUUAUAUACACUAUCUAUGUUUGUUAAUGUUUACAGGCAGAUUCUCUCACUUCAUCUCAGUGAGUGGUGUAUUACGUUUGUUUCGGUGUUAAGCAUUACACAGACCGCCUUGUGAAAAUAAUCAUAAUAAGGUGAAAUAUUAUGGUAUAUAGUGUAAUGUUUUGACAUUACAGAAGUUCUUGUGACUUUCAUUUUGCCAGUUCCACUAGCCAUUGCAUACUGUACAUACUGUAAUUGGCUCAUAUUAGUGUAAAAUACUUAAGGAUCGGGAGGCGGAGCCUCUGUCUUUUUAAAACAAAUCCUUUUCAUUUCCUCCAUGCAUUUAACUGAUACUACCAUUGUAGAUUGAAGGGCCCAGAUAGUGAAAACUGGUGCUGUCAAAGUAUUGUUAAUGAGCAUAAAGGAUCACACAACUGAUUCUGGCUGCACUAAAACUACUGCUCACAUGCACUCCCAUUCAGUAUCUGUGUGUACUGUGACUGUUUUAUUUUCCCUUCCCUUUCUAAUUUGCCAUACAUUUCUGAAUAGCACUUUCACACUGCUUGAUACUGAACACCUAGAUAGGUCAUGCUUAUACAGAUAUAUAACAUAGGUGUUUAAAAUGGAUACCUCUUCUUCAUGUCGGGACUUAAACUGUGGUGUUACCGGUUUCUCUUGACCAGGAGCGUGGCGAGCACUAGGCGUGGUACUGAGAGAAGUGGCCUAAGCUUUUUGGGGCUGGUGGUCUGACGUGUUACAGGAAAGAUAAGCCCUUGAUGUUUGCAGACAGUGACUGAGGAACUUCUUUUGAACUAGGCUGGGCUUUAUACAGACACAAGUCAGUAUCGUGUACAAAGGCAACCUUAUGUACAGUGUUUUUAUCGCUCAUCUGUCAAAUCAAAAUCUUUUGUAUUUAAUGCACCGUCUUUUGUACCAUUUUUUCAGACACUAGUGCAGUAAUCUGUCUCUUAUCUCCAUUAAGGUGUAAGUGACACUAUUUAAAAUGGUGAGUUUUACAUAAUCUAUAUGUAGUCAUACAGUUCUCCGUUUUGUAUAAUUGGUGUAAGGACUCCACCACCAUUUGGUAUAAGGUGCUGCUCAUGUAUUUUGGUUUAAUCUUUGGUAUUCAAAGCAGUUCAAUGUAGGAAUGUAGAUUUUUUUUUGUUUGAUAGCAAUUUGUACAAUUUAGGAUUCACUGUUUGACUCAUCAUCUGACAAACAAGUAUUUGCCUUGUCAGUUAAAUGGCACUAUUUUGUGUCCUCUUCUGCCCUAAACCAGUGUUUUAACUGAACUGUUAAAAUGUUUAGUUUUAAAUUAAGAAGGGUAACAGCUUAGGAAUUGAGAAAUGUGCCACAUAUCUGAACCAAUGGAAGCGCUACGGUGGAAAGAAUCAUAGACUACCGUGAGCAGCUACUUCGGUUUAACUUAAUAUUAACAAAAAUGGACACUUCUGUACUAAAACAGCAACUUCAAAAUAUCAUUUUGACUGUUCUUUACUCUUGUGUAGUUCUUUUCGCUUGGGCGAAUUUUGAAGGCACUUUUAUGUUACAUAAAGAAAUGUUGUGUUAAACAACUAAACUUGAAUUUUUAUUUUUUUAGAGCUGACGCCAUUGCAGUCAUGUUUGUGAUUAGCAUUUCAAAACAAUGCCUCACUGGUAGCUUUAGUUUGUUUCCUUUCAUUUUGAUCUGCUCGAGUUCAUUUAUGUUUGCCAUAUUAAACAUGCCAACAUUAUACUUUUGGACAAAGCUUUUGCUAUACCCGACAGCCUUUUUUGUUUUGUCUGUGCACACAACUUGGUGCCAGUCUAAGGUCCAACACAGUUGAUGCAACAGCAGUAUUGUUAUGCCUAUUUUACACUUAACUUCUGUUACUGUGUUGUGAAUGAUUUGUUGGUUUAUUAUUGUUAUAGUGCCCAGACCUGUUUUUGAAAUAGUGCAUGUUUAGUCUGAUUUAAGUGUCCCUUAUGCAACCUGAAGGUUUUCUAAAUGCCCAAGGUUUUACUCAAUUCGCAUUUUUUAUGGUCACUUAAAGAGCAGCCCCAUUGUCAAAGCAGGGCAUGUUUCAGUUCACUGUGAUGUCUUUCUGUGCAAUGUUCAAACCUGUCUUUACGUUUGUCAUGAUGUCGGCAGAGGAAUAGUGUUGAAAUAAUAAAUAAACAUCUUUAUAAGCA